AUGGAACCCCCUCAACCUGCGAACGUGGAAUCCACUGAGAAACCUACUAAAUCCAAUGUUCAUACAAAAAUGUCAAGAAAACGAAAACGGCCUAUUGAAGAGGUUAUUGCAGAACUUCCACCUCUAGAAUCAGUGAAAUUCCAUCCAAUACUGCCUGCCUCACGAGAUCCAAUUCUUAAUAUUCCAGCGAAUAUCAAUAUUAGCAGUCAUUAUGCUUUAUUUACUCUAUUCUUCUCUGAGGAAAGCCUUCAAAAUAUCAGUGAUUCUACUAAUCUCUAUGCAAAACUAAAGAAAGAUGCUAGAGAUACUGAUGAUGAAGCUCCAGAGCUUUCAGAAAUAGAGGAGGAUGAGGAAGCUCAAGAUAUAGAGAUUUCUGAAAUUUCUAUAUCCUCAAAGCCUUCUAUUCAACAAUAUUCAUGGAAAAAUACCAAUCCAGCGGAGAUAAAGGUCUUUAUAGGCAUUCUUCUCUAUAUGGGGGUUCAUAAAUCCCAUCGAACUGAUCUAUACUGGCGGAAUGAUCUGAAACAGGGCCCUAUUCAUUCUGUUCAAUCCUAUAUGACCCAUACGCGUUUUAAACAGCUUAAACGAUAUAUCCAUAUAUCUAACCCCCGUGAAGCCCGCCGCCCGGGGGCCAAAAAUAGGGAUGAUUGGUGGUAUAAGGUAGAGCCGUUGGCUACUGAGUUCCAUAUGGCAUGCCGAAAAUACUACACCCCUGGCUCCAAGAUUUCUAUUGAUGAGAUUAUGGUUAAAUGCUUUGGACGGAGUCAACAUACAUACAAGAUGCCUAAUAAACCAAUUCCUCGGGGAUAUAAGAUAUUUGGCCUAGCAGAACAUGGCUAUUUAUGGACUUUUUUCUGGUCUAGCCGCCGGCAGGGUAUAAUGCCUAUGUUUCAAUUCCCUACAUUAACAAAAACCGGAUCUAUGGUGGUGAAUCUGGUGAACCGGCUUCCUACGGUAUCCACGCCGAAUACGCCGAAUGCCACGCCGAAUGCCACGCCGGAUGCCACCCCUAAUACCGACCCUAAUAUCACCCCUAAUAUCACCCCUAAUAUCGGCCCUAAUAUCAACCCGAAUACCACGCCGAAUAUCAACCCCCCGAAUGCCACGCCGAAUGCCACCCCUAAUCAAAUCUCUAUCGCACAGCCGGUCACAUCCUAUUCAAUUUAUAUGGAUAACUACUUUACAUCAGUUCCUCUAUUCAAAGAACUACGUCAACAGGGGUAUGGAGCAUGUGGAACCACUCGUCCAAACCAGGUUCCAGCAGUACUAGGCGAGCUUCGAGAGCAUUCAAAUUCCAUACCCUGGAAUACCCUGCAUGCCAUUGAAAAAGAGAAUGUUCUCUGUCUUGCCUGGCAAGAUAAUAAUAUGGUAUUGGCACUAACUACGAUUCAUUCAUUGGACGCAGUUAUUGAACGUACUCGUAAAUGCCCAGGGGAACUCUCAACCAAUGCCAAUAUUGUUAGAAAAGUCUUUGAAGGUCAACCACAAAAGAAGCUGAAAAUCCCAUUGAUUAUAGAUGAUUAUAAUCAUAAUAUGAAUGGGGUAGACCUAGCAAAUCAAUACCGGGCAGCAUAUACUAGCCAUAGAGUCACCUAUCGAACCUGGCUUCCUAUUCUCUACUGGCUUAUCGAUUCCGCGGCUGUCAAUGCAUACCGGCUUCAAUAUAUAGCCGCCUAA